AUGGACCUUCGAAAUAGAAGAGAGAGACAUCACUGCUGGACAGUCCCUCCUCGCCAGGUGAUUGAGAGUCGACAACAGGAGGGUAGUGACCUCAUCAAGCCCAGAAGGCUCCCAAAUCCCGUCCUGGCUUCUCCCCAACACAAAACUCUUCACCAAGAGCUGCUCUUCUGCCACAGACGAGGUCUGCUGCCCAGAAAAGGGCCGGAGCUGCAGUGCGUGCUGGAAAAUAAAAGGAGAGAGCAGCACAAGCGCAGGGAGCUCGCCCUCUUUCCUCCCUCCGACUUGGAAGUGAAGCUACGCAGAAGACAGCAAAGAUUACAAGUUUAUGAGCUGGAGCAGAAGAAGAGGAGUGAGAGUCUGCUGAAUGUACCAGAGUUUAUCCGUGUGAGAGGGACCCUGAAGCAUAUCCAGAGUUGUUUCUCGUGA